CUACAAGAGCAGAGAGGGGAAGCGGAUGUGGCGUCAUUGAUAAGUACCUCUGUAACCGUCUACCUUCCGCCUACCAACCAGGCGAACACACUGUAAAUCGCUCUUUGGAUUUCCCAACACAAAAACCGCCGCCGGCUGUCACCGCGGUCCGAGCAGACGCUGCUCCGAGAGGUAAACACCACCGACUUUAACCAGUGGAAAUUAACGCGGCGGUUGUUUAAAUCUGCCUGUUUACUCCCGAGCUCCAGAGGGCCUUGUUUACAUCUCAAUCCCCGGACUAGAGUGGUCUUUUUUUUUUUUUUCUCCUCAGAUCACCUUAUAACCAGCUUUCCAAAUGAGUGACGGGGAGUGUGACUUCUUCUGCUUCUUCCGCUGCUGCUGAGCGCGCUUCUUACGCGCCUCAGACAAACAAGAAGGCAGGGUGUCUCUGAGGAGUGAGACGAGCAGGUGGAAAGUGGGGCGGGGAGAAGCAGGGAGGUGAGGCUUCAAACGAGCCAUUUCAGCCAAUCGGACCACUUGGAUCCGACAGGUAGGCGGGCCGUCUACCUGUCCGGGUGAUUGAUUCAGUCGACUGGAUGUCUGUGGACAUGAACAGCCAGGCGUCGGACAGCAACGAGGAAGACUUCGGGGUGAACUCUGAAGAGGAGGAGGAUGAGGACGACGGAGGGGAGGAGGAGGACCAGGGUGACAUUGCAGCCUACUAUGAGGGCGUGGCCAGCGACGUGGAGCAACAGGGCGCUGACUCCUUUGAUCCCGAGGAGUACCAAUUCACCUGUCUGACCUACAAAGAGAGUCAAAGGGUGCUGACAGAGGAGGUUAACACUGUGGCUGCUGCACUGAAGGUUUUACCAGCAGUGGCAAAACUGAUUCUGGUACAUUUUCACUGGCAGGUUUCACAAAUCCUGGACAGAUGUAAGUCCAACUCGUCUCUGCUGUUGUCAGAUGCUUUGGUCCAACCCAGCAGCACCUGCAGAUCAGUCACUGCCCCGCAGUCCCUCCAGUGUGGUGUGUGUCUACAGGUCGUACGGAGAGACUCUCUGUUGGCACUGCCCUGUCAGCACUCCUUCUGCAAAGCAUGCUGGGAGCAGCACUGCACUGUACUGGUCAAAGAUGGCAUGGGAGUGGGUAUCUCCUGUAUGGCUCAGGACUGUUCUCUGCAGAUGCCUGAAGACUUUGUCCUGCCGCUACUGCCAGGAGAGGAGCUGAAGGACAAAUACAGACGCUACCUCUUCAGAGACUACGUCGAGAGUCACUUCCAGUUGCAGUUGUGUCCGGGUGCAGACUGUCCCAUUGUCAUCAAGGUGCAGGAGCCCCGGGCGCGCAGGGUGCAGUGUAGCCGCUGCAGUGAAGUCUUCUGUUUUAAAUGCCGUCAGAUGUACCAUGCACCCACAGACUGUGCAACAAUCCGAAAAUGGCUGACCAAAUGUGCCGACGACUCGGAAACGGCCAACUACAUCAGCGCACACACUAAAGAUUGUCCUAAGUGCAAUAUCUGCAUUGAGAAGAACGGAGGGUGUAAUCACAUGCAAUGCUCCAAGUGCAAACACGACUUCUGCUGGAUGUGUCUCGGUGACUGGAAGACUCAUGGCAGCGAAUACUAUGAGUGCAGCCGCUACAAAGAAAACCCUGAUAUAGUCAACCAGAGCCAGCAGGCUCAGGCCAGAGAGGCCCUCAAGAAAUACCUCUUCUACUUUGAGAGGUGGGAGAAUCAUAACAAGUCUCUGCAGUUGGAGGCUCAGACGUACCAGAGGAUCCAGGAGAAGAUCCAGGAGAGAGUGAUGAACAACCUGGGAACCUGGAUCGACUGGCAGUACCUGCAUAACGCUGCAAAGCUACUGGCUAAGUGUCGCUACACACUGCAGUAUACGUACCCCUACGCCUAUUACAUGGAGUCCGGCCCACGCAAGAAACUGUUUGAGUACCAGCAGGCCCAGCUGGAAGCAGAGAUAGAAAACCUGUCGUGGAAGGUGGAGCGAGCUGACAGCUACGAGAGAGGAGUGGUGGGAGGCGAGGGGGAGCUCAGCGCCAGUGACAGAGGGGAUCUGGAGAAUCAGAUGCACAUUGCUGAGCAGAGGCGACGCACGCUGCUGAAGGAUUUCCACGACACCUGAAGCUCCAUCGCGACUGCAAAGCACCAGCAUCUCCCUCCUUACUUCCUCCCUUUCUUCCUUUCCUCCUCCUACUUUUGCUUCUUUCAAUGACCAUCCCUCAGUGCAGUCAUACAGACCCCUCCUUUGCCUGUCUAUGCUCGCUCAUUAGCUUCUUUCUUUCUUUCUUUCUUUCUGUCUUUCCCUCCUCUCACUCCCACAAUGCUGCAGGGUCACAGAAUGGCACGAUUGUAUCUCCCCUCUCUCUUCUCAUCCUCACCCUCACCUCAUUUACAUGUUUUGGCUUCAGACCGUCACAUUCACCUUGGUUACACUUGUAGCAGCUUUUCAGAUCUGAUCAAAAAAGGGCAAAUUCGAGCUUUUGUCAAGUGUCUGAAAACAGUGGGAAUGCUUUUUUUUUUUUUUUUUUUUUUCUCCCUUCCCCCCUUCCACAUCAAGCAUUAAGACAUUGAUAUGAGCAGCUAAAAGCAACAUGUUGCCUGUUAGAAAAGGGUGUAAGAGUGAGAGCUUUUAGCCUCCAAUAUUAUUUCUGUGAUGCUGGACUAAUCAAUAGAGCGAAAAGCACUAGGGGGGGUAAAACUGCUAAGGAUGGACAAGUGUUUAUUAUUAAGCAGAUGAGGAAAAUAAGGGAGGAAGGAACAUCUUUUUCUUUAAAGAGACGGUGCUGACUGUGGAUCUGCAUUUGGUGGUUUUAAUUGGACUAUAAUGACUAGUAGGCACUUGUUGGUAGUCGUACCUUUAGCACUUAACUUGAUUUGUCUGGACACAUGGAAAUCUGAAAUUCAGAACUUUCCACUCAUUUACAUUUCAGUUUUCUCUCCUGGACUGCAAGAGGUUAAUGGAAAUAAUUCUAGAUACCACUCCCCCUGCUCCAGUUCAAACAGACUUUGUUACCAACCAGGACUGGUGCAACAUGGCAAUGAGCAAUUCUCAAUGGCAGAUUAUUCUGACAUUGAUAUGAAUAUCGUGUGUUUGCUGUGGGAAAAUAAAAAAAAUGGCGACUUGA